UGGCCAAGAGCGACAGGACAGCGCCUUGAAGUCACCAAAGAGCCACGGGACUUGCUUCAUUUCUGUGAAAAAUAAUUAUUUGUAACAGAGUCCUUGUUUUCAGAUUUAUCAAUAACGUUCGGCGGAGCUUUUGGAGUUUACAAAGAAAGGGAAAUAUUGAAUAGGCUUGAUCUUCAUUUGGAAGCGCACAGGAUAUUUGCGGAAGAGCGCUAUACGCACCUUCAGUAUAAGUGUCUUUGGAGCUGCCAUUCAAGAUGACAGACAUCGUUUCAGCAAUGGAUACAGAGCCAAACUCCCCGGCGAGUGUCCUCGAACUAGAGUCAGAUCAGAGCCUCGGUUCUCCUAAGAGUCCACCACUGGACCUGAUUGACACAGGAAAAGGACUGAAGGUACAAACUGCGACCCCUCACCUGGUCAGCCUGGGCAGUGGAAGACUCAGUGUAGCCAUAACCCUACUACCUCUAAAGGAGGGAAUAACACGCAUAGGCCGUGACGAUGCCCCUGUACCUCAGGACAUUGCUAUUGAGGGUGCCGGCAUUGAAGCAGAACACUGCAGGAUUGAGAACAGAGGAGGGGUCGUCACUCUUGACCCAUGCGGGCACCUGUGUUCACUUGAUGGAGUUCCUGUUACCAGGCCCACACUACUCACGCAAGGUUACACACUCUGUCUGGGUAAGUCCUAUAUCUUUCGCUUUAACCAUCCCGAGGAGGCCAACCGUAUGAAAAGCAUGCUGCCUCAGAAGAGUCCUGUCUCUCCGCUGGUCUACAGCACAGAUUAUCUGAAGUUCAGCAGCGACUUCAGUCAUUGUCUAGGUGGCUCUGGCUCUAGAGGGAUGCGCUCUGUCUCUGAACUGCGGGAUUUGAUGGACACUUUACAAAAAAAGAAGCAGGCAUUGGAGAAUAGUUUGCGAGCCAAUGGGGACUCAAGCCCCUCCUACUUUAGCAUGACGCAGUCUCCUCCCACCACACCCAAUCUGCUGUCACCCAUCACCACGUCCUCCCCAAUAUCCUAUCAAGAACAAACCCGCCGAUUGUACAGCUCCGAAAGGCCACCACUUGCGGCCAAAGUGCCAGGACAUUCGUCCAGCGGCAUGCCUCCAUCUCCUCGCCGUUCUGACCCUCGAGAGCGUGACACAUCACUUCCUUAUUCUCGACCCAUGACCCGGAACCAAUCUCAGGAUAGCCUGCUCCUCAAUACAUCAGACAGUCACCGUGCUGGGACCUCAGGCUCGGCUCUCUCGAUGUGGAACGGCUCAUCCACUGGUGCAACUGAUUCCCUCCCUCCAACACCAGGGGGUGGUAGUGGUGCAGCCAGCAUGCCAUCUAGUCCCCGUCUGUCUCGUAGAUUCAACACCCCAGAUGCAGGCCGUAAUGGAGGACUUGAACCCGCUCCACGGCAACGAAAGUACUCCGCUGGGUCACUUACAGGCAUGAGCUCGCACAGUCGCUCCCUACCACGCCUCUAUCGACCUGCCGACAGUCAGCUUACCCUCCUGCCAAGUUAUCGGUCUCCUGACAGCCAGCUUUCUCGUCCAACUGGUGCUAGCCACCAGAAUGGUCAUUCUGAGGUAGUCUCCAUCUCGCUGUCCAACAGACCUGUUACCAAACACACCGUAGCCCCUCCAGAUGUCACCAUGACAUCGGGAGAAGCUACCAGCCCCCGCCAGGCCAAGAAGGUGAGUUUGACAUCCAUCAGCUGCUACUCAGAACUGGACAGGCAAGCCAUGCGUGGUCCCUCGCCAGCUCUGGAGAUUGGUCUCGGGGAGAGGAGGCAGUCUUUCGGAAAGGCAGGGCUGGGUCCACCGAGUGGCUUCAGGGAGAGAAAGGGCAGCAUCAGCUCUCUCAGCGGAAAGGAAGAGCUUCAAGACUACCAUCAGAGACAGAGGGACGAAAGACUGCGGGAACAGGAAGUGGAGAGACUGGACUUUGUUGUUCUCUUAAACCUUGCCCCCUUCUUACGAUUGACUGGAAGCUCGCAUUCAGAUCUGCCUUGAUCCAAUCAACAACCAAAAGUCUGAACCAAGAUCCCACCCUUCAUUUUUUUUGAUAAUCUGUUUAACUCAGUUGUACAUCACGAUAUGGAAGGAAAUAUCUGCCACUACUUUGAUUACAUCAUAGCUUUUCACUUUUUACUUUUUGUAAAUGUUCCUGGUAUCAUGUUCAAAUGCAAGAACUUGCUCCGCCUCCAAAAUGACUUUCCUUUUCUGCUGAUGUCACCUAGGCUAGGUGCAU